AUGAAGCUGAACACAACUUUUUCUCACAUCCUCAGCAAGGAGGGAGCAAAGUCGGGCUUUCCUUACCCUAAUACUAAGGGGAAGCAGCCUGACAGAACGAAGGAAUCUAAGAAGUACUGCGCAUACCACCAAUACUAUGGGCAUACCACUGAUUCAUGCUACCACCUCCGCAAUGUGAUUCAAAUAUUCAUUGAUGAAGGUAAAUUCAUGGAGUACGUACAACUGCAGCCAACAGAGACAGAGGACAUCCCAAAGAAAAGGGUUGAAUUUCCCCAGGAUGGGAAAUACAUCAACAUGAUCACCUUCUCCAAUGGAGGUCAAGAAGAGAUGCUCGAAGAUAUCCUCGAAUUAGCUCGAAACAGAAAGAAGGUCGAAACCCACGAAGUAUUCAAGCUAAGCGGACCACCUUCUAGCACUUGGGAGGACUGGAUGCCUACCCCAUUAACCUUUUCAACAAAAGAUGUCAACCAAGAAGUGGAUAUGCACAACAAUCCACUGGUAAUCACCCUCCCAAUACAUGGAUGGAAUGUUACGAAGGUCCUCGUCGACAUAGGCAGUUCGUUAAAUGUGCUAUUUUACGAACCAUAA